CCUCCAUCUGCUGGUUCAGUUCUUCCCCUCUGUCCCCCUCCCCCCCUUCCUUCCACGAGGCUGACCAGUUCAUUUUCUUCUAAUGUCUCGGUACUCUAGGUCUGCCUCCUUCGUGAUUACACUCUUCGGUAUUAUCACCAAUUCAGCGCUAGCCAUACAAGUCUUGGCAGCCUCACGGUCAAUCAAAUGGGAGCCUGAAUUUGAGUGGGAGACGUCCAAUGAUACGUGGAGGGUGGAUGGUGUCAAGGUCGUGUGGGGGCUCCUGCUCUCAUAUUUCGUCUCAGCUGCCACUGUAUGUGCGAUAGGCUUCGUAGGCGUGGUUAAGAGCAAGCCUUCAUUUGUCAGGUUCUACCGCGAUUACUCUAUCGCCGAUUUUUCCUUCUGCGCGAUCGUUACAGUUUUCGGCGCCUAUGGGGCUUUUCGUGGCACAACCCGUACCGGUGUCUGUGAAGAGCUCUCUCGUCAGCCCGAGUUAAUGCGAGAUCUCGGUGAAAUGGGACUCAGCCUGGAGAACUGCGAACGGUGGUUCGAGCGGGCCGUCAUGGCUUUUGUGGCAUGCAUGGUUAUUGUGAUUGUUGUCCGAUUGCACUUCUUGUUGGCCGUGUCGAAUUAUUAUUCACACGUCUCGAGACACGCGAGCCAACGCACUAGCGGUCUUCUGCCUACGUCACGGCCUCACUCCCGCACAGAUUCGCUCCAGCGAGUGCUGCUUCUCCCGCGCUCAAAUCCAUCAUCGGAUCCGGAGAGUAUCACCGUAUACGCCCCAGUAUCAUUAAAGAACCUCACCCCAGAGCUCCGCCAAUCAGCAACUGAAGCGUGGGUACGCAGGACAGAUUCGCACCGACACACAAGGUCGCAAUCAAAUACGAACACCACCGGCAGGAUAACCCUUCCCAUUCAACCUAAUGAAGGAUUGCUACCGCCGUAUUAUGACGACGUAAAGGCAUAAGCUUAGGUUAUGUAGGCUUUUCUUUUUGUUGUUGACCACAUACGUAUUACACAUAUCUCCUUCAUUUGCAUGCCUAGUGUCGUGUUGUCCUUCUUCCUUACAUUGCUAUUUAGUUGUACAGUCUCGUCUAUUUUCAUGUUGUACAAGACAUAUUUUUUUACGGCUUGAAAUGCAGUCUUCAUAUUAUAUUCUUUGUUGAAAUACGAACGGAUAUACAUAUGUAUGGCCGAAGCAACACGAUGUUCAAG